CGGCGCGGCGGAAGUGCGUCACCGCCCUUCCCGGAAGCCCUUUCUUUCCGGCGUGUCUUUCUCUCCGACUGGGCUGCAGCUUCUUCUUCUUCGCGAUGGUGAAGGCGAGGUUUAAGGGCCGGGCCACGGUCAACCCCUCGCGGGCCAGCACUAACCCCGACCGUCCGUCCGGCGCCGGGGGCCACAACAUGCGGGACCGGGCCACCAUCCGGCGGCUGAACAUGUACCGCCAGAAGGAGCGCAGGAACAACCGUGGGCAAGUGAUCCGGCCGCUGCAGUUCCAGUCCACGGUGGCACCUGGCACAGUAGCCAGAGUGGAGCCUAGCAUUAAGUGGUUUGGAAAUACACGUGUGAUCAAGCAGUCAUCUCUCCAGAAGUUCCAAGAGGAGAUGGAGUCAGUGAUGAAGGAUCCCUACAGAGUGGUCAUGAAGCAAAGCAAACUGCCCCUCUCUCUCCUCCAUGACCGAAUCAAGCCUCAUAAUUCCAAAGUACACAUUCUUGACACAGAAACCUUUGAAACAACAUUUGGCCCCAAAUCGCAAAGGAAGCGGCCCAAUCUCUUGGUAAGCGACGUGCAGGCUCUGGUAGAAAAUGCCGCCACCGAGGCCAGCAGCUACGAUCGGGAGAAGGACCGGGAUCUAGUGACGGAAGACACGGGAGUGCGGGAUGAGGCGCAAGAGGAGAUCUACAAGAAGGGACAGUCCAAGCGGAUCUGGGGAGAACUCUAUAAGGUGAUCGAUUCCUCAGAUGUCGUUGUGCAAGUGCUGGAUGCCAGAGACCCAAUGGGAACCCGAUCCCCUCAUGUAGAGGCCUACCUGAAGAAGGAGAAACACUGGAAGCAUCUCAUCUUUGUCUUGAAUAAAUGUGACCUUGUGCCAACCUGGGCCACAAAACGCUGGGUGGCUGUUCUCUCCCAGGAGUACCCGACCUUGGCUUUUCAUGCAAGCCUCACAAAUCCCUUUGGAAAGGGAGCCUUCAUCCAACUCUUGAGGCAGUUUGGAAAGUUGCAUGUGGACAAGAAGCAGAUCAGCGUGGGCUUCAUUGGCUACCCCAAUGUAGGGAAGAGCUCCAUCAUCAACACUCUCCGCUCCAAGAAAGUCUGCAACGUGGCUCCCAUUGCUGGGGAAACCAAGGUGUGGCAGUACAUCACCUUGAUGCGUCGCAUAUUCCUGAUUGACUGCCCAGGCGUGGUGUACCCCUCUGGAGACACGGAGACAGACAUUGUCCUGAAGGGAGUGGUUCAGGUAGAAAAAAUCAAGACUCCAGAAGAUCACAUUGCCACAGUGCUGGAGCGGGCCAAGCCAGAGUACAUCAGCAAGACCUACAAGAUUGACAUCUGGGAGAAUGCAGAGGACUUCUUGGAGAAGUUGGCUUUUCAGACUGGGAAACUGCUCAAGGGAGGAGAGCCUGAUGUGCGCACUGUCAGCAAAAUGGUGCUCAACGACUGGCAGAGGGGCCGGAUCCCCUACUUUGUGAAGCCCCCGAAUAUGGAGCCAGGCCCCCAGCCUACAGCAGCUACCUCAGAAGCACCUGCAGCUGCCACCCAGAGCACACAGUUGACAGAGGAUGUGGGGCUGACUGAGAGCCCCGCAGAAGAGGCAGGGAGUGAUGACCGCCCGGCCUUAGCAGCCACGUGGCCCUUGUCUCAAGUGCGGCAGAACUUUGGGAAGCUCAACGUGGCCCCUCAGUUCUCACAAGAAGACCUGGUCCCUGUGGAUGUGCUGGGGGCAGAUGAGACUUACAGUGAGCCAGAGGAGGAAGAAGGGGAGGAGGCGGAGGAAGAGCAGCCCCAUGGCCAAUUCCGUCGGCCAGCCUCUGGGCAGGACCCAAAGGCGCUGCUGAAGUCGCUGGAUGAGAAGAUUGCCAAGUGCAAGAAGUUCCUGGAGAAGGCCAAGGCCAAGCGGUUCUCAGCGAUCAGAAUUCCCAAAGGGCUGAGUGAAAAAGUCUUUGCCAAAUCGCAGCUGGACUCCACGGCUGGGGCAGCAGAGACAACUGGAGGGAAUCUGAGGAAAGUUGGGAAGAGGAAGAAAGAAGAGGCAGAGGAGGCAGAAGAGGACACAGAUGCUGAUCUGGUGAAGAAGCCUUGCAAGAAGCUGACUUCGAAGGAGAGGAGACGAGCGGAGCGGCAGCAGCAGUCCAAGAAAGUUGGUGUCCGCUACUAUGACACUCACAAUGUCAAGAAUAAAAACAGGAACAAGAAAAAACAGGAAACAGGUGGUCAGAGACUGAAAAAUAAGAAAAAUAAACAUAAGCAAUAGUU